AUGUUCGGAUACCUGCUUUUUGCCGCUUUAUUCCUUGCAACUGCUCAAGGAAAAGAUGUAGUUGUUGAUCUACGAAACUGCACCCGUUCGGAAGCGAUCAAGGCAGUCACUUGCCUUAAUUAACUCGACAAUUUUGUGGCCCAAAAAAAUCAACUCGACUAUGAAGACUCCCAAGAAACCAAGGAAUUCAAAAAAUCGUGCGAUUCGUUGCAAUCCUGUUUCGCUGACGUCACCUGCAAAUCAUUCGCCGACGAGCAUAAAAACAUGAUGCAAGACGUGAAAAAAAUCUGCAACGUGAUUGAAUAUAUGACAGGAGACUUCCAGCCAUGUGCCAAGAAAUUGGAAAAAGCAAAGUCUGUUUGUUUUGCAAAGUGGGAUCCGAAUGCAGUGGAGGCUACUAUUAAGGCAAAUGAGACACCGGCUUGCGAGAAGUUUUAUGGAGACAAUGGUUGUCUUAAGAAGGAGAUUGCAGAGCAGUGCAGUGAGAAGGAAUGGAAUGGAUUCCGUGAUUUCGUCAUCAAAUCACGCAAGUGUACUGAGUAA